AGGAAGGCAGCACGGUGCGCCAGCUGCGAUGGCGCGCACUGCGAGUGGGAGCGGUCCUCCACCGCCGCCGCCACCAGGGCCGCCGCCGCCCUCGCAAGGAGGUGCGUCCAAGCCCCCACCACCCCCGCCCCCAGGGCCGCCACCGCCUCCAGCAGGUGGAAGCAGCAAGUCCGGUCCGCCUCCCCCUCCAGGACCGCCGCCACCACCCCCGGGGGCUGGCGGCGCAAGGGGGCCGCCGCCGCCGCCGCCGCCGCCCCCGCCAGGCCCUCCGCCACCACCCCCGGGUGCUAACGGCAUGAAAGGACCACCUCCGCCACCGCCUCCUGGCCCGCCGCCGCCCCCCGGCGGCGGCGGCAUGAGGGGCGCACCGCCGCCACCGCCGCCUGGCCCGCCGCCUCCACCUCCCGGCGCCGGUGCCGUAAGGGGGCCACCGCCGCCGCCAGGGCCGCCGCCACCACCGCCGAUGGCUGGAGGCAUUAAGGGCGCACCUCCGCCGCCUCCGCCAGGGCCGCCGCCACCACCGCCGAUGGCUGGCGGCAUCAAGGGCGCACCUCCGCCGCCUCCGCCAGGGCCGCCGCCACCACCGCCGAUGGCUGGCGGCAUCAAGGGCGCACCUCCGCCGCCUCCGCAAGGGCCGCCGCCACCACCGCCGAUGGCUGGCGGCAUCAAGGGCGCACCUCCGCCGCCUCCGCCAGGGCCGCCGCCACCACCGCCGAUGGCUGGCGGCAUCAAGGGCGCACCUCCGCCGCCUCCGCCAGGGCCGCCGCCACCACCGCCGAUGGCUGGCGGCACCAAGGGUGCACCUCCGCCGCCUCCGCCAGGGCCGCCGCCACCACCGCCGAUGGCUGGCGGCAUCAAGGGCGCACCUCCGCCGCCUCCGCCAGGGCCGCCGCCACCACCGCCGAUGGCUGGCGGCAUCAAGGGCGCACCUCCGCCGCCUCCGCCAGGGCCGCCGCCACCACCGCCGAUGGCUGGCGGCAUUAAGGGCGCACCUCCGCCGCCUCCGCCAGGGCCGCCGCCACCACCGCCGAUGGCUGGCGGCAUCAAGGGCGCACCUCCGCCGCCUCCGCCAGGGCCGCCGCCACCACCGCCGAUGGCUGGCGGCAUCAAGGGCGCACCUCCGCCGCCUCCGCCAGGGCCGCCGCCACCACCGCCGAUGGCUGGCGGCAUCAAGGGCGCACCUCCGCCGCCUCCGCCAGGGCCGCCGCCACCACCCCCGGUUGCCGGUGGGUGUAGGACAACCCUUCCCCCGCCGCCGCCACCUCCAUUACCGCCGGCGCCUCCGCCACCUCCACCUCGCUGUCAGACCACGUCUUCGGUAGACCCGACGACAACCUUAGACGCAGGGGCUCCAUCAGCGGCUCCUACCCAUUGGAUGUCCGCUAUCUUCAACGUCAUCAAGCACUUCACCGAUGUCGACGGCAGUGCUGCUGCAUGCCUGGACGUUGAUGAAGAGCGACGACGCAGCUCCCUCUCGCCGCCGGCAGCCUACGGGUGUAGCAGCAGCAGUAGCGGCAGUGAGGACGACGGUACCUUCCUGCGCGGUAGCAGGAGACGCAGCAGGCGCAAUGGCAGACGUGUUGGAAACGGCAUCCGCUGGAGGGGGCUGGACAUGCCUCCGCCGCCGCCACCGCCCUUACCACCAGCUCCUCCUCCUCCGCCGCCGCCGCCACCCCCAGGGCCGCCGCCGCCACCGCCCACGUUCGGCGGUGUGGCCGUGAAGGCAGCCCCGCCGCCGCCGCCAGGACCGCCGCCGCCGCCUCCGAACGGUGGUUGCUUCACUUUCACGCCGCCAGCAAACCGGCUGACGUCACGGCUCACGCAGGAUAGCGACGAGGAGGAAGAGGAGGGGUCUCCUUUGUUGGGAGGAGGCGGUAUUGCCGCUAGGGCUGCUGCGAACAGUCGGGCGCCUAGCCAGGCCUCUCGGCUAACGGCACCGCCGCCACCACCGCCAGGCCCGCCACCGCCGCCUCCUGUCCCAGCUUUCACUCCUCGCAUCGCGCCUAGUACUGCAGCAGCGCAGUCUCAGCCGGCACCUAUGGCGCGGGGUGCGCCGCCGCCCCCACCUCCGGGGCCUCCUCCGCCCCCACCCGUCCCAGCUUUCCCAGUCCCAGUCCGCACAGGGGGAGCUCCGCCGCCGCCGCCGCCCGGUCCGCCGCCUCCGCCGCCUGGAGCCAGCGGGAUACGUGGUGCGCCUCCGCCUCCGCCGCCAGGACCACCACCACCCCCGCCGGGCGUCGGCGGAAUAAGGGGAGCGCCUCCACCGCCACCACCGGGGCCGCCUCCGCCUCCGCCGGGCGCUGGGGGGAUAAAGGGUGCACCGCCUCCCCCGCCUCCGGGCCCUCCGCCGCCGCCACCGAUUGCAGGUGGUAUGAGGGGUGCACCCCCGCCCCCGCCGCCGGGGCCUCCACCUCCGCCGCCAAGCUCUGGUGGCUUGAAGGGGGCGCCCCCGCCUCCACCACCGCCAGGCCCACCACCGCCACCUCCUGGCGCCCGCGGGAUACGGGGUGCACCGCCGCCGCCGCCGCCAGGGCUGCCUCCGCCGCCUCCGGUGGCUGGUGGCGUGAAGGGCGCACCGCCGCCGCCCCCUCCAGGGCCGCCUCCGCCGCCUCCCGGGGGCAUCCGGGCAGCCCCUCCCGCUCCGCCGCCGCUGGCACCGUCAGGCCCCCAAGCCGCCCAGUCCCCCGCAUCCAAGGUGAUGUCUAUGGAGGAGAUGCUCCGUGCCCGCGCCAACCAGACCGGCGGCAACACGCAAGAGGAUCCAUCUCCUUCGGGCGCGGCGCAGGAGCAACCAACACCCGCAGCAGCACCACAGCGUGUUACAACCGCCGGAGUUGCUGCCUCUCAGGAGGCUCGAACGGCUGUUGAGCCAGCGAGCUCCGGGACGGCAACAACCUCCCAGGCGCCGGCGCUACCUGUUUCCUCGGCCGAGCAGACAGAAGCAGCCGCAGCAGCACCCGCAGCCGCAGCAGGCGGGGGUCCAGCUCCCCCCCCGGAGGAGUACCUGGGUGCGCUGCUGGGUCUGCUGGACAUGGAUGCGGAGGCGUUCGACCCCGACCUGGUGAUGCACGUCAUCAAGCUCAUCAGCACGGUGCUGGCCAGCCCGGAGGCCGAGCCCAACCACCCGCUGCUGCUGCGCUUCGUGGACGCGCUCAUGUCGCGCCGGCUGCUCAACCUCUUCGCCGACCUCACCAUGCUGGACAACCCCUCGCUGGACAGGGAGAUGACCACCAUCAAGAACACCAUCAUUCAGAUCAUCGCGCCGCCGCCGCCGCCACCGCCACCCCCGUCUCCGCCCCCGCCGCCGCCGGCGGCCCUCGUUGAAAGGGCUCCAUCAAUGGACACCGCCCAGCCGGCCCAACAGCCGCAACCAGCGGAAGAGGCUCCCGCAGCAGCACUGCCGCCGCCGCCGCCGCCACCACCACCGCCACGGCCGGCCGUUGCCGCGCCGCCGCCGCCGAUGGCCGCCCCGCCCCGGUACACCCCCAAGCCAGUACCGCAGCCAUCCAAGAAGAUGAAGCAGCUCUUCUGGGAUGCCAUUCCCUACGCUCGUCUGCAUAACACGUUUUGGGUGGAGCGGGAUGAUGAGGAUGAGGUGCAGGGCGGGGUUGCGGAGGGCGGGGCCAUGGAGGGUGCGGGUGGUGCAGCUGGCGGCGGCGGUGGAGGAGGAGGAGGCGGUGAGGGACCGCCGACGCUGGACUGGUCGCUUAUGGAGGAGCUGUUUGCGCAGGUCAUCAAGGCCCGCGCCACCCCCACCAAGGCAGCCACCGGCAAGCAGGCGCAGCAGAGUGUCAUCGACUCCAAGCGCGCCUACAACAUCGGCAUCCUGAUGGGGUCCAAGAUCAAGAUUCCGGUGGACGCGCUGCGGGCGCGUGUGGUACAGCUGGACCCUCGCACCUUCGACAACGAGGAGGCGGUGGGGGCGCUGCUGCAGUGCGUGCCCUCCUCGGACGACGCGGCGGCACUCGCCAUGUACCGGGACAGCGGCAAGCCGGUUGAGAACCUGGGCGACUCGGACCGCGUGUGUCUGGAGCUGAUGGGCGUGCCAGCGGUGGAGCAGCGGCUGCGGGUGUACAGCUACAAGUUCCAGACACCGCACAAGCUCAACAGCGCCAAGCAGGUGUUUGCCGCCAACUUGCGCGCCAUUGAGGCCAUGCGCUCCUCCCGCAUGUUCCGCCGGGCGCUGCGCCUCGCACUGUUGGCGGGCAACUUCCUCAACUUCGGCUCGCGGACUGGCAACGCUGUGGGAUUCCGGCUGAGAGCACUGCCCAAGCUGCAGGACACCAAGUCUGCGGACGGCAAGCACACGCUGCUGAGUGCGCUGGCGCUGGAGGUGAUGCGGGUGAUGGGGGGUGCGGAGGGCGGCGGCGGCUGCGACACGGUGCUGUCGGACGAGAUGGGCGCGCUGGGGGACAGCAUGCUCAAGGUGAGUCACGCGGAGGCGGGCGAGAUGCUGGCCAUAGCGGAGCAGCAGCUGGACGAGAUACGCAGCUGCCUCAAGACGUACACGCCCAUCACGGAUGCGGGUGUUGAGGACACGUUCGCGAGCUGCAUGGCUGCCGAGCUGGAGGCCAUGGAGACGCAGUACGCGGAGGUGCGCGGCAUGCAGACCAGCAUGAAGUCCCAGUACGAGGCGCUGCUCAAGUACUACGGCGAGACGCUCAACUCCACCCCCAGCGACACCGAGUUCUGGGCGGCCAUCGCGGCGUUCGUGGACAAGUUCAGCGCCACGCAGAAGAACCUGAUUGCGGAGCGGAAGGAGAAGGAGGAGCGAGAGGCGCGGCGGCGGCAGCGCGAGGCAGCCGAUGCAGAGAAAGCGCGCAAGGCCAACCUGAGGCGCCAGGAGACGCUGGACGCGCGCGAGCGGCUGCUUGCUGCCGGCCGCACGCCCACCAAGCACGGCAGCCUCGCCGCACCGGGCGUCAGCUGCGGGGGCGGCAUCACGCUGGCCGCCGCUGCGGACGCGGCCAUCCAGCAGAUGAUGAUGAUGACGCCGGCGGCCUCGGCACCGUCGCUGGACGCCUUGACCAUGCUGACCCCGCUGGACGGGGAGUCCCCCGGUGCCUCCCCGCCCGCCGGUCAGCGCGGCCCGGGCCACUCGCCACUCAACAGGCGACCCUCCAGGGAGGAUGAAGCCGCAUGGCGCUUCAACAGCCCCAUGAGGCCCGUGCUGGGCAACAGCUUUGCGGACCGCUUGUCGGAGGUGUGCAUGGGGCCCAGCGCGGCGGAUGCGGGGGGGCCCAGCAUAGACGGGGCGCUGCCCCCGGCGGGCCGACCCAUGGGUCCGCAUCACGGCCAUCAUGCCUCCGCGCCGUCGCACCUUUCCAUGCAGUCGCAUGCGCCACCUCUGGCGCAAGGAAUGGGUGCGGCCGCUGCGGCGGGGCUGGCGGCGGCGGCUGCUGGGCUGGCUGCUGCUGCCGCAGGUCCCGGAUCGACAGCGGCACCGCAGCAGCAGCAGUUGGGCCCCAUGGGGCAGAUUGCGCUGCCUCCUCUGGCGCCGCGAUCCCAAGGCGGCAGUACGGCAAUGCCGGAGCUCACCGCGGGCGGCGCCGCAGCUGGCCUCCUCUCCGCAGCCGCCACCGCUGCGAUGAAGGCGGCGGAGGAGGAGCGCGCCAUCCGCGCGGCCAAGCACGCCAGCAACGCUGCACUGGCCAAGAUUCUGGUUGCCAGCCGCCGCAGUAGGGAACCCAGUGCGGAUGGAGGAGCAGGAGGAGCGGAGUCGAGCGGCAACUCGGACGGCGGUGCGGCGGCGGCGGCGGCGGCAGCAGCGGCAGCGGAUCGGGCGGAGUUGAACGCAGCAGUGGCAGCAACUGCAGGCGCGCGGCACGGCGCGAGCUCGUUGGGCAGGGAGUCACGAGCGAGUACCGUUGGGGGGCUGGUUGAUGAGCAUGGGGGCAUGGAGCACCCGCCGCGCGUGCAGUCGCUGACGGGUAUGCAGUCGCUGCCGGCGGAGGGCGGCAGCCGGCUGGGCGGGCGCUCCGGGGGCGGCGGCGGCAGCAUGCAUGGGGGCAGCCUGGCACGGGAGCGGCACGAGGACUGGAGCAUCCGGAUUGCAGUGGAGGACUUGAUGCAGAGCAUGCUGGAUGACCUGGCGUACGGGCUGUUGGACCAAAGCCCGUGAUGCGCGCGGGGAGAGGGCAGGUAAGGGGAUGUUGAGCGCUGCAGGUAUAGUAGCUUGCCUAGGAGCUUUGGAAAUGGGUUAGGGCUUGGGUUGUGUGGUUUGCGAGGAGGGUAGGAAUGCAGCGGAGGCCCUGCGGCGGCGGGGCUUGAGGUUAGUUAGAACUUGGUACGUGGGAUGGGACUGGUGUUGGUGAGGCUGGUUACCGGCAUCACGGGACUGGCUACAGGAGCAAGGCCGCGGUUUAGGAGUAUAGCUGUGUUGGAGCUGAUUGGUGAAGCGGUCAUUGACUUUACAGGUGUCGUAUCGUUGAUACCAUGGCGCUUCUCAGGUCGCAUAAUGGACGCGGCGUGCAGGACAGGUCCUUUAUCUUUCCGUUCUAACAACUUUCAUUAAGCCAACGCCGCAUUUGAGCAUGGGUACAGCGAGGGCGGAACAGGAUUGAGCAAAUAGAUGGGAUGUAUGUCGGUUUGGAAUGCAGGCAGGGCUGAGGGCUCCGAAAUGCAGGCCGGGAUGCGAGGUGGGAGAAGGUGGGGUCCACUUGAGCAAAGGGAGUGAGGCGGGUGAUGCGGUG